ACACGUGACCCGUUCACCUGUGCCCAACCUGUUUAUCUCUGCUGUUGCUCUGAGAGAGACGCCGCUCAAAGAUACAUUGAAAUACUCGUCGUUCACACUGAAAGUCUGACUUUUUUCCACUUGUUACACCGAGUAAACGCUCCAGGCUAGCGCACUAUAUUGUGAGUUUUCUGUCGCAGGUGUUGUUGAAGUUUUCCUCUCCGAAUGCUUGGACUUCGACCUCGGUGUUGCACCUGUCUCAAACAAGGAAGUCCAGUCUGUUGAACCCGUCGUUGAUCAAGUCGACGAGCCGCUUGUCAAUGACUGUGAAUGAGGUCGGUUGGCUUUUUUGAAAAGCGAGUUUAUUCUCCAUGUUGAUCCUAUAACACUGGCGUCGUGGACAGUAUCGACUAAACAGGAUAAAGCCGCUUCCUACCUCCUGAGAUAAGAUGAAUAUUUCAUUGGAAAAGAUGGAUUUGUCAACUGAAAAUAAUUCUAUCAUUCACCUUGAUGCACCAAUCAUCCCAGACGGUUCAGACGUCUCCAAUAUGACAAUUAUUCAAACAGGAAAUGGCACAAUAGAACACCAGAUGUUUCUGAACACAACUGCUGCUCAGGCCCUCACAGGGAUAUUUGUGUGGUCUGCGUUGCUCAUAACAUGCCACCAGAUCUAUACACACCUCCGAUCUUACUCUGUCCCCAAUGAGCAGCGCUACAUUAUCCGCAUCCUGUUCAUCGUGCCAGUUUAUUCUUUCGACUCUUGGCUCAGCCUGCUCUUCAUCAGCAACGACCAAUAUUAUGUCUACUUUGAUUCAAUUCGAGACUGCUAUGAAGCUUUUGUCAUUUACAAUUUCCUGAGCCUGUCCUUUGAGUAUCUGGGAGGAGAGAGUGCAAUCAUGUCAGAGAUCCGAGGGAAGCCCAUACAGUCUAGUUGUCUGUAUGGUACCUGCUGCCUCGUGGGAAUAAGCUACUCCAUCGGCUUUUUGAGAUUCUGCAAACAGGCGACUCUCCAGUUCUGCGUUGUCAAACCCAUCAUGGCCGUCAUCACCAUCGUCCUGCAGGCUUAUGGCAAAUACCACGAUGGAGAUUUUAACAUAAAUGGAGGAUACCUGUACAUCACAAUCAUCUACAACUUCUCAGUCAGCCUGUCUCUCUACGCCCUCUUCAUCUUCUUCUUCGCAACAAGUGACCUGCUCAGGCCGUACGAACCGGUGCUGAAGUUCCUCACCAUCAAAUCAGUCAUCUUCUUAUCCUUCUGGCAAGGAAUGGUCCUCGCCAUCCUGGAACGCUGGGGGGUCAUACCCAACGCUCUCUUCAUCGAUGGACAUGAGGUCGGCGCCGGCACCGUGGCAGCAGGCUGGCAGAACUUCAUCAUCUGCAUUGAGAUGUUCUUUGCUGCCAUUGCCCUCAAAUAUGCCUUUACCUGCACCGUGUACCAGGAGAAGAAGAAUGAAGUGCCAGAAAACACCCCACCCAUGCACAGCAUCUCCAGCGGACUGAAGGAGACCAUAAACCCAGGAGACAUGGUGCAGGACGCGAUCCACAACUUCUCCCCGGCCUACCAGCAGUACACCCAGCAGUCCACCCAGGAGGUGGUCCAGCCCGGCACCAACGGAAAAGUGGCCACCGGCAACAAGAGCACCCGCAAGUCAGACAAAAUCAUGCUGAUUACCUCUGAUGACGAGUUCUAACCAUUCUUCCAGCACGAUCGAUUUGUUUGUGUCCUUGCUGCCUUAUCUCUGACCCGCUGGGGGACACGGCUGUAUCCCAUAAAUGCAUAAAUCAUCUCAUUAUUUAAGAUGGACGCAUUGCUUCUGUCCUGAUGUUAAUAAUUCAAGCACCAAGAGGAAGAAAUGAAUAGCUUUUAUAAGUGAUAGCUCAAUGACCAGGGACACUGAGCUGUCUCCAUCUGAACAGUAAUAAUCACAAUGACUGAGGCACCCUCACUGUAUCGGAGACAUCUGGAGCAAUGCAAUUCCUUUAAAUCAAGCUGCUGGAUGUUGAGCAGUGCCGCUGAUUCUGUUUCGUUCAUUAUGUCAGUGCUGGCUCUGUGGCCGUCUGAAGAGCGCUCCCUCUGGUUCAUGUCACUUUCAAAGAGGGGAUGAUUAACAUGUGACAGCAGGAGGGAAGCAGGGAGGCAGCCAUGGCUGGGAAUGACACUUUAUGGACCGUCCCUCGCAUCUGCUUGUUUGAAGUAUUCGCUGAGCAUCCCCCUGCAUGGUUUCCUGACAAAUGGAAAGAUUUGUUCGCCGACACAUUCGUUUUGGAGCAGGCACUUCAAACUGCAGACUAAGGCACUUUGCGAUCCUUUGUAUCUACCGUAGCAUGGACAAAUUGGAUAAACCUGUCUCCUACAAAGUGGGAGUUGUAUUCUUCUCGUUCAUUUCCCCAGCAUGCUAAAGAGUUUAAUUCAGUGCAACUAGACAGCCGUUCAACAGACGCUAACAAUCAGUUGUUUUGCAGCUUAUGCACUAUUGUACUAUGCGUGUUCACAUAACCAUUCAUGUUUCAGAGAUUAUGAAAUAUCGCCAGAAUGUAAUUGCUGGAAAUUGUGGUGUUUAUGUGUUCUACUUGUGUAAGAGAAAACCUGUUUGGAUUUUAUUCGGGAAGAUUUUAACAUAUUUAAUGUGUGUAGUUCAGGCGUAGUCAGGCCAAACCCAAAUCUGUGUGCUUUAAAAAAAUAGUUUCUUCUAACUUUGUUUCCUUUUGAAAUGUUAUCAUCUGUGUCCGUGCCACAUGGGGGACAUAGCUUUCUAAGUACAUAACUUAUUGGAGACCAAUUUUUUUAUAUCAGUUAUAGUUUGUUUUCAUUUCCAUACCUUCGUGUGCCAAUAGCUGUCUUUCUGGGAAAGCAGAAAUGAAUUUACAGGGGGGUACAAAGUCAUAUUUGAAAUGAUAAGAAAUAGUUGACUUGUGUGUCUUAGUCCUUUUGUGGCACUCGUACGGAAUUAAACAUUUGUCUUUUCUUGUGUAA